GAUCGUGGUGCGCAACAGACGGGUGCCAACCACGCUCCUUUAGCGGGGCCCCGUAGAUGGGGAGGAGCGGCUAGCUCUGAAUAUUCUCCAUCUGCACCCUCCGGGCCACAGUCGUAUGGCGGCAGCGGAGGCGGUGGCUCGGGUGGAGGCAGUCAGUACGGCCGAUCGUCAGGUCCACAGGGUCCCUACGGUAACAACCAGACACAAGCGACGCCAGGCGGAUACGUUCCACAUCCGUACAACCAAACCCAGUCUCGCUUCUCUGGCAUCCCCGGCGCUGCCCAGCUGGGCUCGUAUGGCUCUCCGCAGCGUGAAGAAGAGUCUUCCUCUGCGCCCCUCGCGCCCGGCGAGCGAAGAAGAAAGUCGAGAUGGGGCGACGAGAAGGACAAGAUCCAGGUGGCAGGCCUGCCCACGGCCAUCACAGGCCAGGUCGCACAGCAAGACCUCACGAACUAUGCAACCCAGCUUCGGCUCGAGGAGAUCCAGCGCAAGCUCAAGCUGAACGAUGUCGUCCCACCCGAACGACUCCGUUCGCCCUCGCCCCCGCCGACGUAUGAUCACAUGGGCAGGCGUACCAACACGCGCGAGGUGCGCUACAGGCGCAAACUCGAAGAUGAACGCAAUUCACUCGUCGAAAGGGCGAUGAGGACGGAUCCCACGUUCAGACCACCGCCAGAGUACAUGAUGGCCAAAAGAACCGGCAGACCUCAGGAAAGGGUCUACAUACCCGUCAAAGAGUUUCCAGAGAUCAACUUCUUUGGCUUGCUCGUCGGUCCGCGAGGCAAUACGCUCAAGGGCAUGGAACGUGAAUCGGGCGCAAAGAUCUCAAUCCGAGGCAAGGGCUCUGUCAAGGAGGGCAAGGGUCGCCCGGAGGCUUUCGCUGGUGAUGAGAAUGAAGAGCUUCACUGUCUGAUCCAAGCCGACUCGGAAGAGAAGGUGCAAAAGUGUGUCAAGCUCGUCAACAAGGUCAUCGAGACGGCUGCAUCGACACCGGAAGCACAGAACGAUCACAAGCGCAAUCAGCUUCGAGAGUUGGCCCAGCUCAAUGGAACUCUCCGCGAUGAUGAAGGACAGCCCUGUCUCAAUUGCGGUCAAAUUGGUCAUAGGAAAUAUGACUGUCCCGAGCAGAUCAAUUUCACGGCUAACGUCAUCUGUCACAAAUGUGGCGGUGCCGGUCACAUGGCAAGGGACUGCAUGCAAGGACGUGCGCCAAAUCCAAACAUGAUUGCACCGGGCAUGCCAGGUAUGCCACAGAUGAUGUCUGCACCCAUGGGCGCAGGACCGAUGCAAGGCGCAUUCGAUUCGGAAUAUGCGAGCUUGAUGGCCGAGCUCGGCGAGACGCCGAGAACGGAAGAGCAAGCCAAUGCUGCCGAGGCCAACGGGAUGAGCACGAGCAGCGUUCCACCCUGGCGGAUUCCCUCGAACUGGCAUCCCCCCAUGCCUCCUUCUGGCGCAGCUAGUGCUGGUCUCUCGGUGUACCGUCCACCGCCGCCUGCAGGGGGUUAUGGCGCAUACCCCGCAGCACAGACCGCGCAUGGCUAUGCAUGA